AAGGGGGAUCCAAGCCUUCGCGAGGGUUUCUCUCUUUGGUUACACCACCACCACAGCCUCAUCCCUCUCCAUCCCUCUCCAGAGCACAAGAGCAGCGAAAUCUAGGGUUAGGGUUAGUGUCAGCUUCCAAUCUGGCUGUUUCCAUUUGAUUCUGAGGAGUGCCUCUAACUCCCUACAACAGCAAGAAAGAGGAUGAGUAUGGAUCUGAUCUCUUCCGACUCACAUGGCAACCUUGAUGCCCAGAUUUCUCAGCUCAUGCAGUGCAAGCCCUUGUCCGAGCAAGAGGUUAGGACAUUAUGCGAGAAGGCGAAGGAGAUACUAAUGGAGGAAAGUAAUGUUCAGCCAGUAAAAAGCCCUGUGACCAUAUGUGGAGAUAUUCAUGGGCAAUUUCAUGAUCUUGCAGAACUUUUUCGAAUUGGAGGGAAGUGUCCAGAUACGAAUUACUUGUUCAUGGGAGAUUAUGUGGAUCGUGGGUAUUAUUCAGUUGAAACUGUCACGCUCUUGGUGGCCCUGAAAGUCCGUUAUCCACAACGUAUCACAAUCCUCAGAGGAAAUCAUGAAAGCCGACAGAUUACUCAGGUUUAUGGGUUUUAUGAUGAAUGCUUACGCAAGUAUGGAAAUGCUAAUGUUUGGAAGAUUUUUACAGACCUUUUUGAUUAUUUCCCAUUGACGGCCUUGGUUGAAUCUGAAAUAUUUUGUUUGCAUGGUGGAUUGUCCCCAUCCAUUGAAACACUUGAUAACAUUCGGAAUUUUGACCGUGUUCAAGAAGUUCCUCAUGAAGGGCCCAUGUGUGAUCUCUUAUGGUCUGAUCCAGAUGAUCGGUGUGGUUGGGGUAUCUCUCCCCGUGGUGCUGGAUAUACUUUUGGCCAGGACAUAUCUGAGCAAUUCAAUCAUACUAACAACCUCAAGCUGAUUGCUAGAGCUCAUCAACUGGUUAUGGAGGGAUUUAACUGGGGACAUGAACAAAAAGUUGUCACCAUAUUUAGUGCACCCAACUACUGUUAUCGCUGUGGAAACAUGGCAUCAAUUUUGGAAGUUGAUGACUGCAAAGGUCACACAUUCAUUCAGUUUGAACCAGCUCCAAGGAGAGGAGAACCAGAUGUAACCCGCAGAACGCCUGAUUACUUUUUGUAGUGGUGCCACCCAGUCACUCAAUUUCCUGCAGCAUCUUCAUACUAGUCUGAAUGAGGUGUUAGUAAUAUCAGGCUGCUAGGCUUUUAUUACUGGUGGUGGGAUGGUCCAGAAGCAUGUAAAAUGGGCAUUGCUUAGGCCCCCUUGCAUUUAAAUUAUGUAGGCUGUGCAGCUGCCAAUGCUGUAGUGUAUCAUUUCCUGCUUAAAUUGGGGUGCUAUUUUGGUUUUUUGUUUUUUGUCCUUUUCUUUGUCAUAGAUUUGCUUCUUCCUUUUUUCCUUGGGGCUGUAGAGAGGGUACAAGGAGAUUCAAUUUUUUAUUUGGCUAUCAAAUUUUCUCUUAUUUCAUUGCUUUAA